AUGGUGACGAUGGAAACUCACGGUGAUGGACACCCGACAGCUGGUGCGACAGAGCACGGUGUGACAGGGUUCAGAUUAUGCAGGGAAGUAGCAGGUUUGUUUGAGAACGUUGGUGCAACAUAUGUGGAGUUUCAUAAUUUUAAAUGGGACUUGCAAGCAUAUGUCGAUGUGGUUGAUGGUGAGAUGAUUAUCGAAAGGUUCAAAACCAAGCGUGAAGUACAACAUGGUGUUAGAGAGGAUGUGGAAUCGUAUAGUUGGCUGUUAGAAAGAUUCAACCGUGUAAUGGGAAAGGCCCCUCUAUGUGUUGUCACCGAUCAGGACCCCGCUAUGAAGAUUGCUAUAGAGCAGGUUUUACCAGGGUGCCGUCACCAUUUUUGCAUGUGGCACAUUAUGAUGAAGGUUAGUGAAAAAGUCAGUCCUGGGUUAUCAAACAAUGAGGAGUUUCGCAAGAGUUUGAAUGAUAUUGUGUGGAACGAAACAACCUCCACUGGUGACUUCGAGGUGCAAUGGCGGCUAUUGAUGGAGAAAUACAACUUAUCUGAUCAACGGUGGUUUCAGAAACUAAAGACCCAAAAAGGAACCUAG